AUGAACCUCACUAGAACUAGACCGGCAAGGAGCGACGCGAUCAAAAUACAUCAGCCCUACCUUCCAUAUCAUAGAAUUUAUCUUAUUUACACAAUUACUUGAACCUUCUAUUUAAUGUCUAGGUACUAGCCAUGAAUACCCUUCAACACAAUGAAAUCCGCAUUCUAAAAAUAUUACCAGGAGAUGCGAGUACUCCAAUCAAAUGCGAGCUUCGCGUAGCUUCUCUGUCGAAGGUCUCCGAUUUCGAGACAGUCUCGUAUGUAUGGGGCGACUUCACCAAUCUCGUCGAUAUCGAACUCUCUGGUCGCAAAGUUGGAGUAACGAAGAAUUUACACACCUUAUUGCACCGUCUACGUCUAACGUCCAACGCAAGGUCAGUGUGGAUCGAUCAGCUCUGCAUUGACCAGAAAAAUAAGGAAGAGAAGUCGAGCCAAGUACGUUUGAUGAGGCAAAUCUACUCCAGGUGCUCAUCUGGACUAAUUUGGUUUGGAGAACUACAAGAUAACCUGGCCCCAGAAGAUGCUGCAGCUGUCGUCGAUUUCUUUCAAUAUAUCAGCGCCUUCUUGAAAACAGGAUCACAGGAAGAACAUCCUAAACCAACCUUCACGAAGUCGAAGGCUUUAUCUAUGCGUUUCUUAGCAGCGCUACGGUCUAUGAGUUAUUAUGAAUGUCCUUGGUGGUUAAGGAUAUGGACCGUACAAGAAGCAGUCUUGCCGAGGCAAUCUACAGUCAUAUGGGGUCCCUUUGAAAUAUCCUGGGAUAUAUUUCUCGUCGGCGCACGUACAUUCACCUUUACAACCUUUUCGGAGCUGGAGAUCAUCUCCCGUCUGCGCCCAGAAGACCAGUGGAGCGUCUUCAACAUAUUCAGACAAGUUAAAGGACUCGCAAACGCGAAUAAUCUGAAGCAUGAUCCCAUUAGCGUCAUGACCCGUUGGCGUGGUCGCCAGGCUACCGAUCCCCGAGACCAGGUUUAUGCCUUGACUGGCCUUAAUGCCCCCGGUCUGUUACCGAAUAGUGAGAGAUGUGACUACAGCAUUCAGACUCAUGAAGUUUACGAGAUAGCCACGAAGGAUUUAAUUCGAUUUUAUGGAAACCUACUGCCGAUUUCAAUGAAUCCACGCGUAGCACAGUCAUGCGCAACACCCGGAAUACCUGGUUGGGCUCUAGACUUAGAUACACAUCGCAAUUAUUGGACUUCAUGGACAAUUGAUCGCAACCUUUACGAGAAUUCCAACGCCAACCAGGGCUUGACGCCGAGUUCAAUUAACCUCGAUGUGGAAAAGAUUCUAGGUCUGGAUGGAGUAUUCGUCGACGUCGUGAAGAUAGCGGAUUACGAGGAACACUGGAUUAAGGAUACGAGUGCAAUCGCGAAGAUAAUACGACGGUGGCACUCUCUUACAAUGGAGAAUGGGGAUACUAUGCAGUCAACCCGACGGGAAGACUUCGGUUUGCUUAUGCUGAAUAAUAUCAUAAGAGAAAGGGAUUGGGAAGUCACUUCGCCGGUAGCCCCAGACGAUAUCGAGGCGGUCUUCGAAUACUUGGAUACUGGAGAGCAGAAUCACACUAUAGAGUCAAUUGUCGCAUCAACAAUGCAGCAAAGUUUCUUCAUAACGGAGACGGGAUUGAUGGGUCUCGGUCACCUCGAAACACAGCCUGGCGAUGAGAUAUGGAUUUUUAACAUGGGAAAGGUACCGUUUUCCUUAAGAAAGCAUCAAAAUACUCAAGAAACCACACUAGAUUAUGACUUCUUCGGGCCAUGCUACAUCCAAGGGAUCAUGCAGGGGGAGUUCCUCGAAGGUGGCAAGGCAAAAGGCAAGGAAAAGGCCAUAUGGAUACACUGAGAGCUUCAUCGUAUAGCAAGAGUUUGGUUGUGCCAUUACCUAGGUGCGUUCAGAGCAAUAUUUCUUUAUAUCUAGACAUAUCUGUUAGUGAUAUGAUAGAUGCUCUUCUUAUGUUC